CUGCUGGUUCACAUUUCAAACAGAGCCUGUACUUAAUCCCCACCCUCACACCAGAGCUCAGAGUAAGCGCGGAGGAGUCCGGGAGCCUAGGACCCGCGCGGUACAAAGGACUACCUAGUGACCUGGUGAGGAGAGCCAGCCAGAUGGAAGCCAGACCUCCAAAGGGCCCAGGCAAACAAUUUCCAUUUGAAUAUGAAAAUGAAGUCCAUAAACGAGAUUACUUCAUUAAGUCGCCGCCCCCUCAGCUCUUCUUCUCUGGGACUUCCUGGAAAAAGCGUCUUUUUAUUCUGUCCCAGAGUCAGGGGAAGGGCCUUAGUCUUUCCUAUUACAAAGACCAUCAACACAAAGGUUCCAUCGAAAUCGACGGCAGCGCCACUGUAGAAGUUGGUAUAAAUUGCCAGGAAAGGAUGCAAUCUGUACAAAAGAUGUUCAAGUGCCACCCGGAUGAGGUGAUGUCUAUCAGGACUGUAAACAGGGACUACUUCCUUAUUGGCCAAGACAGGGAGAAGAUUAAAGACUGGGUCUCCUUCAUGGCACCAUACUGCCGGGGUGUAAAAGCAACCCAUCAGAGAGCAGAGGAGAAGGCUUCCCUGGCUGACAGAAGGCCAGUCUCCGACCCCAGUCCUUUCUUCGCCCUCCGUAGCACACCAGAGGGUAUCAGCCUUGCAUCACCGAGGGCCAGUCUUCCAGAGCAUUUAAUCCAAAAAAGCCUCCAAGGAUUCAGGCAAGCUCAUCUCCCUCAUGAACACUCAGAACCCAUGCAAGAUACGGAAGAAGAGGAGUACUAUGACACUCCUCGAAGUAUAAGAGCCAACCCGUAUCCUGACAUCUGUUCCUCUUGUCUUUAGUUAGAGAAUAUUGCUGGAUCCAAUGAUUCUGGUGACUCCGUUGAAUCCAAUAGUCUGGACCAAGGUUUCAAGAGAGCAAAUAGCAAUUAUAUGUCAAUGAGAUCAGUGAGAUCCUGUCUCCUUAAAGAAUCAAGCUCUGCAUCAGCCGAAGAUGGCCAAGCGGAAUUCCAGAUUUCCCCCGAGACAUCAGAGCUGGGGCCUCCCCACCAAGACCAUGGCACAGGAAGCGAUCUGUAUCUCUCACCUGCUGAUGAAGCAGAAGCACAAACCACAGAUGACCAAAAGGGGUCCGCCUCACUAACUGUUGUGAAAUUGUCUAUAUUACUCAACAACAUCCCUGAUGAGAGCCAAGUGGAGACUCUGAAUGUGUUCCUCUCUCCUCGGGAUGCCAUCAACUAUCUUGCUCUGAUAGAAGCAGCAGGACAGAUAUGUGUGGCUCGCUGGGAAGGCCCACCCCGGCUAGGGUGCUUAUUCCACCAUGGAGAUCACAUCUUGGCCGUGAAUGACCUGAAGCCCCAAAGCCUGGAGGAGGUGUCUUUGUUCCUUACCCGAUGUAUCCAGAAAGAGAAAGUGAAACUCUCCAUUGGCCGGAUCCCAAACUCAGAGAAGCUCCAUGCUUCCCCCUGUGCAUGCUCCUUAAGACACCAGUUGGUUGAGUCUGUCCAGCAGAAUUUGCUAGGACUGGAGAGGGCACCAAAGAGGAGUCCUGCCAUCAAAAAGAGCCAGAAGGAAGCUCCUGGGGAGUAG